AUGGAUGUGAAUACCACAUUUCAGCCAAAAGCCCUCCUUCGACAUGAAUUUUCAGCUCUAGCAUCACACUUUCACAGCCUCCUUCAGGGCCAAUCGUCGGUUGAGCAGGUCCAGGAACUCAACCGUCGCCUGCUAGAACUGACAUACGAGGAGGCUCUACCUCCUGCCGUGUACGGCGUUUGGCUGCCAAUUGCCUUGCGGGUUGUCCCAGAUGUACUUCAAGCUGCCAUUAAUGAUCCAGUCUCUCAUGGCGUGCGUGAAGCCGGCAUCCGAGCAUUAACGCGCGCCUUCCAUAGCAAGGAAUGGAAAAUACAAGGGUGGGAUGCCCUUGGCGGCGCGGAGGGCAUCAGGGACCUUCUCACUGAGCUUUCUGUAAGGGAGGUCGUUCUGGUGUUCAAAUCUAUUGCAACAUGUCAGCAUGUCGCCGAGCCGGAGAUUCUAUCGACUUGCGUGGAAGAUCUCAUUCGUCUCUUACAACGAGAGAGUCCAUCUCGGUUGUCACCAUUUCUUCUGCGACCCUUGUAUCCAUUGUGUAGCUCCACUUUCCUGAAGGACUUGCUGUCAGGCCUGCCGGAGGGACCAUCGCUGGUGUGGGUGGUCCAGAAAUUGGGUCGAUCGCACGCGGAUCUUGUACGGCAGGUUGCUGUCGGCCACAUUUCAGUGCCUCUGGAAGCACAAGUAAGAGUAUUGAAAGAUCGUGUACAUGAUUUGAUUGAUUCUCCUAAACCCUAUACCCCUCUGCUCGCAAGGGAUCUUCCAUCCGAUAUGCCUGCCGGUCUAGUGUUCUGCUUAGACCUCUAUCAUGUGAUGUCUGAUAAUUUCCUACUCGCCAUCAUGGUAGGAGGGGCUCGGGAGGAGUACAUAAAGAAGGCGCUGAGGCUCGCGUGUCGGAAGAAUUUGCCAUCCAACUACAUCACAAUAUUUCUUCAACACAUGACCCCGCAUUGGCUGCGGUUGACGCGUACCUUAUUGGAUGACUCCCUUACUGGGCCCCUGUUUCAGGAGAUUAUCGGCUGCUGGUCUAUAGCUCGAUGCGGGACGACUGGCACUGCUACUGAAUCGACAGUGAAACGGUUUACAAGGAGCAAUUAUAGGUCCCGGCCAACUAGAGAUGACGAGAUGGCUUUAGAGUCAAUAAUGAAGCUUUUAAUAAACUCCACGGCAGAUCCAAGAGAGAAUCUGAAGGAUAACAGUCCGCUUAUCGAGACUAAGCUACUGGAACAGAUCGCGCCGUCAGAGAGACUUGAGUUUAUCAGAUUGUUUUGUCAACAAUCAGAGCACUUGAAGUUUGACAUUGAGAUGGCUCCUCCGUCUGAGCGAGAAAAAAAGCUCGUUCCCAUAUGGCACUUUGAGACUCUACGUGUACUACCGGAUACAGACGCACAACGCUUGUUCGACAGAAUGCUGGCUAUUCACGGUUGUAAGGAGUUCAUGCCCACACCGCCAGAAGUGCAGGCUCUUAGUUGGACCAACCAGUGCCUUUUGAAAAUCGGCUGGGAAGCACGAGCCACACACACUGGCGACCUUCCCUUUUCUCAUAAGGUUAUCAAGGAGAUGCAGGAACAAGGCAGGCGAGGGAGAGAUCAUGAACAUCGAUUAAAAUGGGCCGGGGCAGCUGUGGACGCUGCUCUUGCGACGUCCUCCGCAGAUAUCUUUACUUCGGUGGUCCAGUGGACACAGAGAUUCUUGCGCGAUCCGCUCGUAUUUCCGGAUUUGAUGAAGGACAAAAUACUAGGCGCUGAAGUCGCUAGCUUUAUUUCAUGUAUUGAUAUUAGCCCAGCCCGCAGACCGGCAUCUUUAUCGCAGCUCAACGACAUUGUGCAAGGCGCAAACAAGUCAUUAGAUAAUGUCCUUGACCUCGUGCUCCUUGCGAGUCAAGAACCAGGCGGUAAAAUGAUGUCGAUAAACCGGCUGCUCAAGUUUAUAUCCAAGAUCGUGGAAAGCCGAAUAAGAGGGUUGAAACAGUAUCAGCCACUUGGUAGCCAGUCCGGGCUUGCAAAUGUGCUCCUGAACCCUCUUAUUCCAUUACUCCUGACAUAUGAGCGUAUUGUGCAGCCUGGCAAAGAACCAAUAACCAACAAGAACAGGUUGAAAGGUCUACUGGCAAACUUGGAAUGCCCAGCCCAACCGGCGGAAGUUGUUGUUAUGUUUGUAGACAAUCUUGCAGAGAGAAGAGACAGACUGUGGCAAGAAACACGCACCAACACUGACCCUGCUAUCAGCCACCUCGGGAAGGGCUGGCCGAAGGGGCUCCCCAUCCAAUACCUUGUUCCUGGUACACGGUGGGCGCACUACGCGCUACAGCAUACAACCGCAGCACCUUAUCUCCGGAGUAGACUGGAAGAUGUUAUGAAGGCCCCCUUUCAUGAUACAUUGACGCCUAAACCACAUGUCAUGCUUAGGGAUGAGUGGGUCGACAGUUUGCGCUACGCUAUUGAAUCCUACAUUGGUAUGGGAGAAGAGAAAAACAAAACGCGUCUUGUAAGCCUUUUUCAAUAUUACAAAUCUGAGCUGGAGAACUUUGCGGCUGGAAGCCAGCAGCAUUUUAAGCAGCUACAGGCGUUUCGACAAUGGCUUCGCGGUUUGGCUGAAACAAUGAAGGUCCCUGAGGCAUCGGCGGUUAUUGAUCAGGAUCUAGAUACUCGGACACCAAAUACUAGCUUUCUUGAUCAAGAUCCUAAGUCUCAUGGCAUAUUUGUGUGGGACCCUAGGUGUGAGUAUUCUGAGGAACAGGCGGACGAAGAGCCAGUGAAUAUCCCCGUCACAUUGCUGUAUUGUCGUAUGUAUGAGGAGAUACCCGAGUCUAAGACUGUCCCAUUCUCGCAGGACAGAGCUGUGCUUGAUCCACUGUCGAUUUGGACCCUGGACCAGACGCCUCCGAUCAAGCUUGACAAUCCGUUUCUAGAAUGCCAGGAGGCUGUGAUUCUAUCCUCUAUUCUCUUCCUACAUACCAACGAGAGCCAAAGGCCACUCGUCUCCAGCCCUUUCCCCAACGAGGCAUUCAUAAGAUAUCCACGGGUUUCGCUGGACGACCGCUUUGUGAUGUCCGCAAGACAGGAUAGCAUUGCUGCUGGGAAGAGAGCCACACUAGCGCUGAGAAAGUUCAUCAAGGCAGUCCCGGCUAGGUUGCUACGCGAUUCGGCGAUGUCUCUACUGGAUACGGCCGAAGACCUGUCUCCAAAGUCAGCCUCUUAUGGGACGGUUCUGGCUGGCGUGACUGAUAUUAUUGUCCUCUUAGGGCUUUCAGAUCGGCCAGAAGUGGCUGUUGAUGUUGUAAACCGAGUGAUACAACGUCUUCCCGACGCAUCAUCAUAUCACAGACACAUGAGAUUGAUCGGGCUUGGCCGAAGACUUCAACCAGGCCGGGCCAAAGACUUCAUUGAACAAUUUGCGAAGUUUGUUACAAAACGCCUCGAACAGAAUAAAAAACAGUACGAUCAGAGUGCUUCAGACAAUAGCGAGCCUGCAGGUCAGCCAAAGCAUUUCGUCAAAAUUACCACCGUUAAAAUGCUAGGUGAAAUCCUCGCAGAAGCAACCUUUCUCCCAACUACGAUGAACGUAUCUGUGCUGCAGAGCCUGUUCAACGAAAGUCAUCAUAUCGACGUUCGGGCGCGGGUAGUAUCUGCUGCCCUGAAUCUCUUUGACAAUGCGUUUGACACAAAGGUAAUCUUCAGCGCCAUUGCCAGUUUCGCCUCCCAGGUUGUAGGGCCCAGAGAAGCAGAGCCGACCAGUGAAACAGAAUGGAUAGAUGCGGAGAACGGGGGUAAACUUCCAACUGUUUCGAUGGCAGAUGAGCGUCCAGCCCUUGGCCUGUUCGUUAAGGCCGCGUACCAUAGACUUCCUAAGGAAUACCGGGCCGAGUACGUACGGAAGGUUCUGCUCCCGCUGGUGGACGAGUCCGCCCGCCAGCACAACCGUUGGAUGAAGGCCUUUCUCAACCGUAAUAUCGCGGACAUGAGUGUUCUCAAGACCGUUGACUUUGGACCAUUCCGCAUUCAAAUCAUUGACGAGAUCCUGGAUAAGUGGCAAGACUAUCUGCCAGCGUCCUUCAUCCUCCGCCACCGCCACUACGCACUAUCCUGCAUCCAUCAUCCGGAGCUAGAUAGAGUCACCCAAGUGAUCGCGAAGCGGGACCCCGAAUAUAGACAGACAAAUGCAGGAAAGCACUGGAGUCAAUAUAUGGACUUCUGUCGAAGCUGGGAGCCAUUUGACCAGUUACAGAAACUUGUUGGCGAACCUAUAAAAUCAAAAGUCCCCAACGGAAUCACCAUGGAGAACCUGACAACGGAGUAUGUUGAGCGUGCGGCCAUUGUUGCAAGACAUCCAAUCAAGUUCGCCUCAGAACAGGGCAAAUUCGUUGUCUCGACAGACGUGAUUAUGGAGGCAUUACAAGCGCUUGAAAGUAAAUCUCGUGGGUAUAGGGACACAGAAUACGAAAGCCAGCACCAGAUGCUUUAUCAGAGGACCUUGGAAGAGAUCGCAGCUGAUGUAGAAUCCCUCCGGACCGAGGAAUGGCGGAAUAGUCUGCAUCGUCAACCCGUGGUACUUCCCUCGUGGCUGGAAUUGCAGGUCACCAUCCUUCCCUCGCCAAAGGUAAAUCCGUUGGUAGAGGAGCCGCAGAAAGACUUUGUGCGUCGUGUGCUGCGGCUUGUUGAGAGGUGUGUAGAGGAACCGGCCUUACUGGCAGAAUUCAAACUCCUGGAAGAGGCAAUGGAGACUCCUGAACAUGCGGAAAUAUUGUCCUGUGCCUUGCUUUUUGGAAAUGGGCCUACGAGCGAACACACCUCGUUGUAUGGUACGUUGAGGCUCCAGUUGGCACAAAUUCUGGUUUCACGUCUCGAUGCAGCGGAGCUGGAGCUCAACGAUGAAGUCAAGGCCAUGUUGAGGACAUGGAAGGCGAGCCCUAGUGAAUAUGUCCGAGGUGUGGGAUGGAGGUUUGAUAACACGGUGUCCUGA